AUUCCAUCCGAUUUCUGUAGGGGUGAUGUAGCUACACAUAUCACCUGAUCAUCUGUAAUAUGGAAAAUUAUCAAAGAAUAUUAAGUGAAAAUGUACUUUUUAAUUUAAAAUAUACAUUUCCAAAUAUUUUUAUUUAUAGAAUCUGAAAAUACUGAUUAAUUAGAAUUCAUCAAAAUCUAUUUUAUCCUGUUCGCUCCUACUGACGUUCGCGAAGCGAUCCAAUAUGUCUGCGCCCAUGUAGAGUUGUUCUGUAACCGCAUAUAGUAUAAAUACACCGAUGACCAUUGAAAUGCCAGUCGAAACUGUUGAGCAAAAACAAAGUGAUUUAUAUUUUGAAGAAGAUGACUUACCCUUUGAAGAAGAAAUUCUUCGUAAUCCAUACUCAGUGAAGUCAUGGUUGAGAUACUUAGAAUACAAAAAGGAGGCAACGAGGAACUGUGUAAAUUUGAUAUAUGAAAGAGCCCUUCGAGAGCUCCCAGGCAGUUACAAAUUAUGGUACAACUAUUUGAAACUUCGGCGAAGACAGGUUAAAGGUCGUUGCAUAAAUGAUCCUGCUGUUGAAGAUGUCAUCAAUGCCCAUGAGAGGGCACUUGUUUUUAUGCACAAGAUGCCAAGGAUUUGGAUUGAUUACUGCCAGUAUUUAGUGGACAAUAGCAGAAUAACAAAAUCAAGGCGGACAUUUGACAGGGCACUCCGGGCUCUGCCUGUGACCCAGCACCACAGAGUCUGGCCCCUGUAUCUGAAGUUUGUCCGAUUAUACGAUCUGCCAGAGACAGCUGUCAGGGUGUACCGGAGACACCUAAAGCUUCAGAAGGAGAACACGGAGGGCUACAUUGAGUACUUGAUGAAGAUUGGCUGGUUGGACGAGGCAGCCAAUAGACUGGUGGACAUUAUCAACGACGAUGCUUUUGUCUCGAGGGAGGGCAAGUCUAAACACCAACUGUGGAAUGAGCUGUGUGACCUUGUAGCCAAAAACCCAGACAAGGUGACCUCACUGAAGAUAGAACCAAUCAUUCGUCAGGGACUGAAGCGGUACACUGAUCAGAUCGGGGUCUUGUGGAAUGCCAUGGCAGAUUAUUAUAUCAGAGGGGGGCAUUUUGAAAGAGCAAGGGAUAUAUAUGAAGAAUCCAUCCUAACAGUCAUUACUGUGAGGGAUUUCACUCAAGUGUUUGAUGCCUAUGCUCAGUUUGAGAAAAACUUGAUCAGUUCUAAAAUGGAAAGCAUGGAAGAGACAGGUGCCUCUGAGGAAGAUGACCUUGAGCUUGAACUCCGAUUAGCCAGGCUGGAAAACCUGAUGGAAAGACGACCACUUCUUUUAAACAGUGUCCUUUUGAGACAAAAUCCUCAUAAUGUCCAUGAAUGGCAUAAAAGAGUCAAACUCUUUGAGGGGAAAUCAAGAGAGAUAAUUAACACAUAUACUGAAGCUGUACAGACUGUUGACCCCAAACUUGCUUCAGGAAAACCAAACACCUUAUGGGUGGAAUUUGCCAAGUUCUAUGAGAAAGCUGGACAGAUAGAAGAUGCAAGAAUUAUAUUUGACAAAGCAGUUCGAGUCCCGUACAAGCAUGUGGAUGAUCUGGCGUCAGUAUGGUGUGAGUGGUCAGAAAUGGAAAUUCGACAUGAUAAUAAUGAAGAAGCCUUAAAGUUAAUGCAGAGAGCAACCACCCCACCACCCAGAAAAGUAUCAUACCACGAUGAGACUGAAACAGUUCAAAGUAGAGUUCACAAGUCAUUAAGAGUGUGGUCAUUGUAUGCAGACUUGGAGGAAAGUUUCGGAACAUUUAAGACUUGCAAAUCAGUGUAUGAUAAAAUCCUCGACUUACGGAUUGCCACUCCACAAAUCAUCAUGAACUAUGGCCUCUUCCUGGAGGAAAACAACUAUUUUGAGGAAGCCUUUAAGGCUUACGAAAAGGGAAUAGCAUUGUUCAGAUGGCCAAAUGUGUAUGAUAUAUGGAACACAUACUUAACAAAGUUUAUGGAAAGAUAUGGUGGCUCAAAGUUAGAAAGAUCCAGAGAUCUCUUUGAACAAUGCUUAGAAAAGUGUCCAGCCAAGUUUGCAAAGAGUUUCUUCUUGUUGUAUGCUAAGUUAGAGGAGGAGCACGGUUUAGCCAGACAUGCCAUGGCUGUGUAUGACAGAGCAACCAAAGCUGUGUUGCCAGAGGAACAAAAUGAGAUGUUCAAUGUGUACAUAAAAAAAGCAGCAGAGAUCUAUGGUGUCACGUAUACCAGACCUAUUUAUGAGAAAGCUAUAGAAGUGUUACCUGAUGAACAGGCCAGAAACAUUUGCUUGCGGUUUGCUGAUUUGGAGAGAAAACUUGGAGAAAUUGACCGAGCCCGGGCAGUUUAUGCUCAUGCCUCCCAGAUCUCCGAUCCAAGGGUGGCACCAAAUUUCUGGCAAGUUUGGAAGGAGUUUGAGAUUAAACAUGGUAAUGAGGACACUGUGAGAGAAAUGCUGAGAAUCAAACGUUCAGUACAGGCUAUAUAUAACACACAAGUCAACUUCAUGUCCGCCCAAAUGUUGGCAGUAUCUGGUGGAAAGGGAGAUAAUGCUGGUGAGGCAGUUGAUAAGGACAACAUGCAAAGACUAGAGGAGAGAGCCAGGCAGCUAGCCGAGGAAUCGGUGAAAGACCAGGCCAAGACCGAUAAAGGCAUCUUGUUUGUCAGGAGUGACAAUACACAAGAGGAGCUGGGAGAAUUGACUAAAACUGCUAACCCGGAUGCUAUCGAUAUUGAUGAUGAUUUCUCCAGUGACGAGGAGGCACAAGUGGAAGAGAUGGAGGUUAAAUCUGUUCCUACUGAGGUAUUUGGAUCAUUGAAAAAUGAGGAGGAAGAGGACUAAAUUGUAACAGCUACAAGAACACUGACAGACCGUACCUCAACUGCAAUAGGAAAUUCUGUGGAAUUGUAGUUUCCAUUACAUUUGUCAGAUAUAUUUGAAGAGUUCUGGAGAAAAUAGAAUGGUUUUAACUUCAAUUUAUUGAACAGACGGUCAAAAAGGUGGCAACCAGUCUCUGAGGCAAUGAACUACACCAUGAUUUUACCAUCACUUUGUAAUGCAUAUAUCAAAUGAAAGGACACAUGUAUAUAAGUCUACAUUGUUUUAAUGUAGGAUAAAAUAAAUGAACAUUGUUUUAAUACAGAUUCUACAAUAAAAGAUCCAUGGUUAUACAAUAUUAUAACUAUUUGAAAUACUA